GUUUUAAUUCACUUCUGAGCCAGCGCCAACUACAGUUUUCGUCGAUGGCCUUCAUCCACGGUCCCAAGGUAGCCGAGUCGGUCGCCCUAUGCCGGUCCAUCCCACACUCUCUUGAUAAGAUUUCUUAUCUGAACGUGGUUCCAAGAAAGAAACUACCGUUACACACGCCCUCGCGUCACCCCUUUAAGUAUAGAGUUGAAUUACCCACAUCAACGAGUCCUUACGCCUGCUGUGGAUUGGGAGGUAUGUAUACCUAAUGUGAACCUGAUUGAACAUUCAGUUCCACUGCAAGUCCGAUAUGUGCAUACGGAUGUUACAAAAGUACCGGACUUCACUAGAUAUCGGGCAGAUUCAACGAAAAGUCCUACGGCUCGUACCGUGGACAGUGAAGUACAAAGGAAAAUCUUCAGUUAUACAAUGAUGUUUGUUGGAGGUGUUGUUGCUACCACCGCUGCAAAGUAUACCGUGAAAACUUUCGUUAUGCCGCUCGGUCCUACAGCCAAAACAUUGGCCGAAGCAUCUACGGAAGUCAACAUUGCAUCUAUUCCUGAAGGCAAAAAUUUAGUCGUCAAGUGGCGCAACAAGCCACUGUUUGUUCGGCACCGGACACAGGAGGAAAUUGAGCGUGAGCGGUCAGUACCCCUCCACGAACUCCGACAUCCGCAGACAGACGAAAGUCGUGUACAAAGACCAGAGUGGCUGAUUUGUCUUGGUGUUUGCACGCAUCUGGGUUGCGUUCCCAUAGCGCAUGCCGGAGAAUACCCCGGUGGCUACUAUUGCCCCUGUCAUGGUAGCCAUUACGAUGCAUCAGGGCGAAUACGUAAGGGACCCGCUCCUCUAAACCUCGAGAUUCCGGAGUAUAAUUUUGUUGAUGACUCCACUGUUGUCGUCGGCUAAUUCAUACCUCUAUCUUCCCAAGUGGUUGACACGCCGUUCUUUGACCGUGGAUCUAGCCAAUACAUAGAUCUAUUUUUUCUUUAGCUCCCUUCACUUGCAACCCCUUACUUGCCUGCUGUUUCACACACGUGUCUUCUCAGGCACAGUUUGUUUUCCUACUUCACUUCGUCCUCUUGAGAAACGCCCUGCACCUAUUUUUAAUGGCUGCAUUACGUUGCGGCUUUUUGCUCCAGUUGUAACUUGACUCCCAUAGCCUGUUUCAAGGGUCAUAUUGAGCGAACCAGAAAUUUUUCUUGAGUUGACUACUUGGAAAAACCUUUCGUGCUCGUACUUCUGUGGUGAUGCCCUCAGUUACGUAGUGAAGCUUGUCCGAACUUUUUUUCGUUGCCAUCCUGCGAAUUCAUGUAGCUGGUUACUUUCGUAAGCUUUCGUGUUUGUGCGGUGCAGACCGUUGACCCCCGGGACUGUUGUAGAGUUGUCAUCCCACGUCCACAUACGCUCGGCUCAACCAACAUGAUACUACAAUUAUCCUGGCUUUGUUCAUCGUACUGCACUACCCCGUCUUCAUGCUUUGGAAUUCUGUUACAUGGUUGCAAACAAAAUGCCGUCAAUGGGGACAAUUCGUCUCCCAUAUCGUUCACUUACCCCGUAGAAUGUUGAUCUGUACUCAACAUUACACGGAUGUGCCAUUUUGGGGAAUGUGAAUAACUUGCAGCGUUUCAACCUUGAGUUUUCG